AUGGCCACGCCAACGCCUAAAGACAAAGAAACCCCGUCGCGACACCUCAAUGCCUUCUCCUCGCCCGCCCCACGCAGCGUCCCUCCCUCGGGCAAUAUCAACAUGAUGUCGUACGACUCGCCCGCGGUGCUUAACAUGCUCAACGACGUCGCGAGCUCGGGCAUGGGAGGCGUGGGCAUGGGCAUCACCAUGAGCGGGCUGGGCAUGUCCAGCUUGGGCAUGAGCGCAAGUGCCAUGGGACGCGCCGACGAAGCAGAGCGAAGCCGCAGACUGCGCGAGAUCAUAGACAUCAUCGGCAAGAAGCCCGGACGCGUCAGCGAGCAGGGACUGCUGGCCCUUUGCAAGAAGAUGGACAUACCGUGCGAGAAGCACAUGGACGAGGCAGGCACCUGGAGUCUCUUGAUCGGAGACGAGGCCCUGUGCGACGUCACCUUCAAGAACGACGAGAUUGUCAGCGUCAAUCUCCAGACCGGCCUGGACGAAUCGAGAGCCGACCUCAACUUCGGCGCGACGGGCUCUGAGAUUCUCGUGCGCAGCUUGAAGCCUCUGCCCGGCCAGAGCAAGCUGAACGUCACGCUCGAGCGCUUCUCGGAGAGCUUGGAGAAGCUGCUGACGCUCGACAAGCUGGGCUCCCCGCAGAACGGCGGGCAUGAAAAGAAGACGGAGCUCGCAAAUAGGAAGCCGGAUGAGCGGUUCAGGACAUACAGGGCCGAGCGCGAAGUGCUGUGCAAGAAGAGCGGACGACCCAGGCUCAACGGCGGAUCGUGUCUCGGUCUGAGUUUGGAAUACUGGAUGGAUGGACGGUUGCAGAUGGAUGGGCCGACUGAGUCUGCCUCGUAUCCGGAAGACCAUCGCUGGAGUCGCAACAAGAUGUAUUCACUGACCAUCGAAUGCGAAUCUUCGCCGUCCACCCUCUACACGCCCAUCCGUAUCUCCGACGACUGGAUCAGCGACGCUGUGGAGAAGUCAGCCGACGCAGACGCAAAUGUCUCCCUAGACAACAUGCUAAUGAACGCAUCUUCGAUAGACUGGCUGGACCCAAAGCCGACCUACCUCGAACCCCCCGAGCAGACCGACGAUGCCAUGAACCUCGACUCGGCAGCUGGACGACUCCCAAACGUUCGCUUCGUCGCCAAGUUCAACCCCCCUCUCGUCGUACCGCUCGCUGUGCACAUGCAGCUAUACCAGAUCGUUGGCAUUGAGCCUCGCACCGACGACUUCCGACCGACCACAUUCGCAGGCCUGGCUCUGAGGCCAGGCGAGGUAGACCCAGGCAUGUCCAACACAACCGGCGACCGUACCCACGAGAUACGCAGCUCGCGAAAGGUUCUAGUACUAGAGCAAGACGCAUCGGGAAACGACUUGGACAGGCGACACGACAUGAGUCUCUACAUACCCAAGCUAGAGUACAGCCGCACGCUAGAAAGCCUGCCAUUCAGCCAUCCCAAGCAACUCGUUGAGAUGCUACCCGUGCUAAGACAGUACGCGCAUGUCACAUCACUCAUACGAGACUGCUUUUACCUCGCACCCGAAAAACCCGUUCCGACCCACAAGCUCGGCCAGCAAUCUACACCAAAAGCUGCACCGCAGACAUCUGCGCAGGGAGACCUACCUCGCCUUCAACUCGACGUCACCCUAAGCUACAAUCCGCCCACACCACGCUUCACCCUGCACGUCCCCCACCCCGAAGCCAUAACAUCUUCCCCCGACGUAGCAGACCUCAUCUCCAACCUCCUCUCCUCCACCUCCACCCCCGUCUCCACACCAAUAACAUACAACGCGCCCCUCGCCGUCACAAUCGACAUCCACCCCAACGGCGAGCUCGUUGUCGUCGAGCAGAACAUCCACGCCAAUAUCCACGCCAACCAAGCUUCCUCCAGUGACGAAACACAAUUUCAAUCAGAGCAACUUGAUCGGAAACUGAAAAUACUAGCUAAAGCACUGGAUGCAGCAGAUGACCUGGGUAUCUGGGCUGAGUGGCUUAGAAAAGAGGCACUGAGGAGUAAAAAGAAGGACUAG